AUCUUGGAAACGUCUGUUUCAGUCUCACUGAAAGACUCACAGCAGUAAAAUGCCUGAAGCUGAAGUUCUGUACUCUGAUGUGAAAUUUACCAGAGGAAACCGGGGAGUCAGCGGAGAAGCCGUUUCCUCAUCGCCCGACAUCAUUUACUCUGAAGUCAAGCUUUCAAAGACUCAGCCGGCCACAGCAGAGCCGCCCGAGGGGUCCCAACAAGUCAAGUCAUUGAGCAGAAGGUCAAAGGUCACCUGGGAGAGAGUGGGCCUGCUGGUCCUCGGUGCUCUCCUGGCUGCUGCUGUUGCUGCUCUUGGUGUUACCGUGUCUGAAAACCUGAGGAACAAAGAAGAGCUCAAGAAACAAGAAGAGCUCAGAAAAACAGAAGCAUGCAGCAUGCAGCAGCCGACAUGCCCUACAUGUCCUACAGUAACACAAGCACGCAGCAUGCAGCAGCCGACAUGUCCACAACCUCCUGAAGUGAAAGAUGGACCCUGUGAUAGAUGUAAAGCAGGCUGGGAGCAUCAUGGAGGAAAGUGCUAUCAUUUCUCCAUCAGUAAAUCCUCCUGGAGCCAGAGCAGAGCUGAAUGUAGAGCUGAAGGAGGAGACCUGGUUAAGAUAGACAACAGGUGGGAACAGAGGUUCCUGGAUGGAAGAGUGAGAAACUUAAUGAAUGAAGAUGAGGACAAGUUCUGGAUCGGACUGACAGACUCAGCAGCAGAGGGCAGAUGGAUGUGGGUGGACAACACACCACUGACUGAAAGGUUUUGGCUCAUCGGGGAGCCGGAUAAUUGGAGAGGGAAAACUCCUGAAGGAGAGAACUGUGUGAGGAUGGGGGAAAAAGGUGGAGCUCCUGACCUGAAGAACUGGAAUGAUGCAUCCUGCUCAGAUCCUCACAGAAGUAUUUGUGAGAAAGCAGAAGUAACAGGACAGAUUAAAUAUGUAUGUACCUGAGAUUCAGUUCAGUGUGUUAAAGAACACAGUGGACUGAAAGUAACGUCACAGAGAGCAAAAACCAUCAGCAUAAAUAAAUGUGGAUGUUUGUAUUUUAUUUUGUUUUGUUUUGUCACUUUGUUAUUGCAUCUUUGCUGUUAGACCAGCGCUGCCAUUGUCAGUAAAUAAAGAUGCUCAGGCUCACAGGAAAACAGUACGUUAUGAUUAGUACUUUAAAAGUGAAAAACCAACUUUUGGCCUCAGUGUUUAAAUGUCUUUGAAACAAUUUAAAACCUUUUUUUGUUUUUGGUUGAAAACAAUAAUUUAACCAACAUUUUAAUUAAAACAGGAAACAUGAUGGAUACAUUAGACUUGCAUCAUUUUUCACCUUCAGUUCCUACAGUUGUCCCCAAAUAUUUAAGCAUGUACUACACACUGAUGUACAGUCAAGCCUAAAGAGGAGAACUUAAAGGGACAGUUCAGGUAGAAAUCAAAUGAAUAUAUUUGCCUGUAGUGUUAUUGAUCCAUCUACACUGUGUUUCUGCCUUCUCUUGAUUUCAAUGAAAGUAAAAGCUCUUGUCUGAGGGCGCUCAAAGCCUUUCUGUGUGGAGUUCUCGCCACACUUGUGUGGUUUCUCUCCCACCAUACAAACACAUGCAUGGGUUAACUGGUAAUUCUAAAUGACCUUAAGUGUGAUGUGGUCACUUUUCUCUCUGUGGUAUACCUGUUCAGGUUGUACAGCCUCCUGUGUGUCAAAGAUAAAGAUCAUUUAAAGUGUUAACAAUGUAACUGUUUCUUCAUGUGACACAAUAAUUAACAACAAGUAAACAUGAAGAACUGUAUGAAGUCAUUUUGAGGUGAAAUGAGAAGUGACAGGAUAUCUCCAUGUUGAUGCACACAUGAUGGCUGACUGCACUGUUUCUGUUCUUAACAGAGAAACAAGAUUUUAAGUACAUAAAGUUUAUAAUAAAAAAACUAAAUCUUUAAAUUUCA